AUGGCGGUUGAAGUACUCUCUCAUUUAGUGAGGGAGAAAGCUCCCAAUGUUUUGUUUCUGAUGGAGACAAAGCAAUCCGUGGAAGAGAUGAAGAGGAUACAAGCAGACUUACCCUACCGCUGCAUGGUAGUUAUUCCUAGUGUUCGUAGAAGAGGCAGUUUGGCUCUCUUAUGGAUGGCUGAUGUUGAUUUGCAUGUACAAACAUAUUCACCAAAUCAUAUUGAUGCUUUGAUUAAAAAAGACAAUUAUUUUUGGAGGUUUACAGGUUUCUACGGGUGGCCUGAGGAGCAACAGAAACGUGAAUCAUGGCAAUUGCUUAAGCACCUUCACUCUAGGAGUUUGUAUCCGUGGCUAUGUUGCGGGGAUUUUAACGAAAUAUUGUGUAUGGAAGAAAAACAAGGCCGAAUUCCUAGGCCUUUGAGGCUGAUGCAGGACUUCAGGGAGGCGCUCUUAUUUUGUGGACUAGCUAACUUGGGUUUUAAAGGGAAUAUCUUCACUUGGGACAGUGGUAGGUUGGGCGAGGAUUUAGUGCAAGAGAGGUUAGACGGGGCCUAUGCCAAUUGUGAGUGGAGAGCCAUUUUUCCUCAUGCAAAAGUCAGUCACCUCCAAGUAUCAUAUUCGGAUCAUGUGCCUCUUCUAAUAUCUACAACAGAACUGAUCAACAUUAGGAGGAGAAAGAGGUUGCCAAGGCAUUUUGAAGAAAAAUGGGCUACUCAUCCAGAUUGUGAAAGAGUGAUCUGUGAGGCUUGGGGAGGGCAGAUUCGAAAUGGGAGUCCAAUGUUUGUAUUAUUUGAAAAAAUCAAGCAAUGCCGACAUGCCUUGGUGGACUGGAGCAGAAAUAAUUUUGGGAACUUCAAAACAAAGCUACAUGAGAAACAAAAUGCACUUAAAGAGUUAUCAAGGGAGAAUAAGGCCGAGCACUUUCAAAGAAUUAGAACACUAAAAGCCGAAAUUAACACUAUUCUAUGCCAGGAUGAACUCUUCUGGCAACAAAGGUCUCACUCCAUUUGGCUACCUGCAGAUGUGGAUGGUAGCUCGAAAACAUUUGAGGACCAGAUAUCACAGGUUGCAGAAAACUAUUUCCACGAUCUCUUCACUUUAGAAAAUCCCACAGAUAUGGAGAGUGUUCUAGAUGUGGUGGAGAAGCGGUUUACAACGGAGAUGAACAAUUCUUUACUACAACCGUACACAGCUGAAGAAGUCAGACAGGCUCUUUUCCAAAUGCACCCAUCAAAAUCUCCAAGCCUCGAUGUGCUUAUUCCAAAAAAGAAUGAUCCAUCACUAAUGUCUGAUUAUAGACCUAUAAACUUGGCUAAUGUUGUUUCAAGAAUUUUAUCAAAGGUGAUUGCAAACAGAUUAAAGCUUGUGUUGCCAAAUGUGAUAUUUGACACCCAAAGUGGUUUUGUGCCAAACCGGUUGAUCACUGACAAUACCACUGUAGCAUAUGAACUACUACACAGGAUGAGGAAUAAAAGAAAAGGCAAGGUGGGAUAG